ACUAACAUCAAUCCAUUCAGAAAGCAGCGUUAAAGCGGUGCUAUUUCAUGGAUUUUAGUGCCAUUUCACCACGUAAUUUGAAAUGUGAAAUGAAACUCAUUAAUUUUUUUUCAAUUAUAUGCUAUGUGCCAUAUUGUACUUCUGUAUGUGUGCUAAUGCUACUUCAGCAAGAGAUUUGUCUCGUAUAGGCUUUCUCUCCGUCUGUCUCUCCCUCUGCAACACAUUUGACCUUCCUGCGCGUGUUUAGCUCACUUGUGCCAUCACGGAUAAAAAUAAACAGAGCGAUCACGUCAGCAAGGCAGAAGCAAAGCGACCGGACAUGUCGGCUUUCGAAGUGACUCUCCAGCAACUCAACGACUUGUUGGUGGACGAUAGCGGCUUUUACAGAUGGCCAACUAAACACGCCCACGAGGUUUAUCCCCGCAUCUACGUCGGGAAUGCACUUGUGGCGACACACAUAACACGUCUGAAGCGCUUGGGCAUCACCCAUGUCCUCAACGCAGCGCAGGGAAACUCCUCCAUGCACGUGAACACCAACGCAGAGUUCUACGCGGGGACGGGGAUCGCCUACCAUGGAGUGGCGGCCAGCGACACGGAUCACUUUGACCUCAGCGUUUACUUUGAAGAGGCGGCAGACUUUAUCGAGGAAGCUCUGGCAGACAAAAAUGGAAAAGGUCGAGUGUAUGUGCAUUGCAGGGAAGGCUACAGCCGCUCCCCCGCCUUAGUCAUCGCCUACCUGAUGCUUCGCCGGAACAUGGACGUCCACGGCGCUCUGGCGACAGUGAGACAGCGAAGAGAGAUCGCACCGAAUGACGGCUUCCUUCGCCAACUGUGCCGACUGAACCAGCGGCUGGCCCCCCGGGGAACGUCCUCGAACAAAUGAAGCAGAAAAAAAAGAAGUGUGCAUCACAACACGGUAUUUCUUUUGCUCCGUACUUUCAAGAGCUCUGUCGAGGAAUGUGAGGAAAGCACAGGUUGACUUGGGCGCCACACGCGGCACAGGCACUGCACACUUGUGUCCACGCAGCACUGCACUUUUGGACACCCCUGCUCGAUUCUAAGCUCAAGAACACGGUGGAAACCGUCCUUAUUUGAUUUGCUAUUUCUGUCACCUCUUGCCUAUUCCCGAUCUGCAUUUCAAUGUAUGAUUUCAAGAAAGCAAUCCCAGACCGAAACA